UACCCAAUCUUUAAGCAACAUCCUUAAAUCGUCGAAAAGCUACAUUAGAUAUUAAAAUGGUACACGUUUUGAGUUAUUGUAGUAACAUCUACUAAAUGAAGUUGUCGUCAUCGUAUGGAUCACAUUCUCCAACGAGUCACCGUUUGUCUUGUUCGAUCAAGAAUCAGACUUGUUAAGAAGAGCAGUUUCUUCAAGUGUAUAAAUGGAAGUUAGACCAGCUAACAAAUUUAUCACUUCCUGUCUAAAUGAUUGGACCAGUAGCAGUAGCUGUAGCUGUUUGUGUUCUGGGUUGGGUUUAUCCGUCGCUGAAACCCCCGGCUCCAAAGAUAUGUGGAUCUCCGGGCGAUCCGCCGGUCACUUCUCCGAGAGUUAAGCUCAGUGAUGGGAGGCAUUUGGCCUAUAGGGAGAAGGGAGUUCCUAAAGAAGAGGCUAAAUACAAGAUCAUUCUAGUUCAUGGCUUUAACAGCUCAAAGGAUCUCAAUUUACCUGUCUCUAAGGAACUUAUAGAGGAGUUAAGGAUAUACUUCCUUUCAUUCGAUAGAGCAGGUUACGGAGAGAGUGAUCCUUUUCCAUCACGAUCUGUGAAAACUGAAGCUUAUGAUAUUCAAGAACUUGCAGACAAAUUGCAGAUUGGUCCAAAAUUUUAUGUAAUUGGAGUUUCAAUGGGAGCCUAUCCCAUAUAUAGUUGCCUAAAAUAUAUACCACACAGGUUGGCCGGAGUAUCCCUCGUAGUUCCAUUUGUACACUACUGGUGGCCUCGUCUCCCAGCCGAUGUCUCCAGAGAAGGGUUACAAAGGCUUCAAAAAUCUGAUCGUUGGACGUUUCAGGUUGCUCGCUAUGCACCUUGGUUAUUUUACUGGUGGAUGACCCAGAAAUGGUUUCCUUCAUUGAGCAUAAUGGCAGGAAAUGCAGCAGUCUUUUGCCCAAAAGAUAUGGAGAUUAUUCAGAAGCGGUCUGAAACACCAAGCACUGGUCAGGAAACGAAGGUUCGACAACAAGGUGAUCAUGAAAGUUUAUAUAGAGACAUUAUAGCUGGUUAUAGUAAAUGGGAAUUUGAUCCCUUAGAUAUAUCUAAUCCUUUUCCUAACAACGAAGGGUCAGUACAUAUUUGGCAAGGUUAUGAAGACAGAAUCAUUCCUUAUCAAAUAAAUCGAUACAUCUCAGACAAACUUCCAUGGAUUCAUUAUCAUGAAGUUCCUGAUGCUGGACAUUUGUUGAUCUACAAGAAUGACUUAUGUGAAGAUAUUAUUAAGUCGCUUUUACUCGGAUGAACUGCAUAUGUAGCACGGAUACGGAUAUAGAAAAAUAGAACAUUUGGAGAUAAAUACAGUGAAAUAGUGUUAUUUUUAAGUUGCUUAUGUCAAAAAUAAAGUUUCAUGUUCGAAACGUAAAAUGUUGAAUAAAUGAAGUGGGUGUGCUAAUUAGUGGAUCA